AACUCCCAAAAAAUUUUACAUCGUUCAUCCAAAAAUAAAUAAAUAUAUUUCCGUUAAAAUAUAUAAAUUCUUAAAUAUGUUAUGUAUGAGGUAUUCUCACCGCUAGCGUUAGCGGGGCCACCUUGCUAGUUGGAGUGUUGGGCCUCCUUGCUUGCUAGUUGCAAGUGAAGUUAAUGUUGCUGCCCUGGGGAAGAAGGCACAUGGCAUGGUGGGCUGGUGGCAAGACAAAGCGACAAAGCAAUCAGGCAUACACUUGCACAUGCAUAGACGUCUACGUUGACUUGCCGCCUUGGGCCUCAAGUCAAGUCAAGUCAAGUCUCCGGCGGCCGCAGGGCAAGUACAAUAUAAGGAGGGAAGGUUAGCUGCUGGUACAAGGCAGUCACUGCACUAGUUCUCCUCUCGCCAAGCUCACGUGUCUAACAAAACACAAUGGGCAUGCUGCUGGUAGCUGUUGCGGCGUCGCUGCUCCUUAGCGCCAUGCUGCAGGUUCCGCCGCUCGCCUCGGCGGCCUCCUUCCAGCCUACCAAGUUCGUCCGGCCUCCCAAGUUCGGCGACUCCCAAGUUCGGUCCCAGCUGUUGAACAAGAAGCUCAAGGACAUCCUCAAGAAGCACGGGUCUGACGCCGUCGACAUCGCCCAGAACGCCGUCGACUUCGCCCAGAUCUUCCUGACUCCUCCGCAAAGUGGUGAUGACCCGAUCCCGACAGACAGCGCGCCGGCGGUCUCCAGACAGACCGCCGGCCUUUACCUCGCCGAUCUCCAGGUCGGCACGCCGGACGUGCAGAACAUCUCCGGCGUCCUUGACAUCUCCAGCCAGCUCGUGGGGAUGCGGUGCGACACCAGCUGCACCGACUGCCCGCAGUCGACAUCCUACUUCCUGACCCAGAAAUCCGAGACUUUCGACUUCUUGUCCUGCGCCGACGACAAGUACUGCAGCUACUGCUCCGACGAGAUGAACGAUCGCUGCGGCUACACCGCCGAGUACAGCAACAGUAGAAUGUACACGGCCUUUGACAACUUCACCUUCGACACGACGGCUGUAGCCAUGCUCUUCGUGUGCACCGAGAUCGAUUCGGCUGCCAGCAACUACUCCGGCGCGUCUGGCGUCAUCGGCUUGGGUAGGGGGCAGCUCUCCCUAGUCUCUCAGCUCGAGCUCUCCAACUUCUCCUACUUCCUGGCGCCGGACGUCGGCGACUCGGACUCGGAUAGCCAAAGCCAACUCCAGCUGGGCGGCGUCGCCGUGCCACAGACGGGCCGCGUCCGCACCACGCCGCUCUACAGGAGCAGUCUGUAUACCGAUCCAUACUACAUUCGCCUCACAGGCAUCCGUGUGGACGGUGAGGAGCUGGACGGCAUCCCGGCGAGAACGUUCGACCUCCGGAGCGACGGCUCCGGCGGGGCGUUCCUCAGCACAACCAUGCCCUUCACCUACCUCCUCUCGGACGCCUACGCGGUCGUGAGGGAGGCCUUUGCGAGCAGGAUCUCCGCGCAACCACUCGGCCAAGGCAACCUCGACCCGCUGUGCUACUCGAAGCAGUCCAUGACCGGCGUCAAGUUCCCGAAGCUGACGCUGGUGUUCGAGGGCGAGGACGCGGCGCUGGAGCUCCGGACGGACAACUACUUCCUCAGCGUCGGCAACGACGACGACCAGGGCGGGAGUGAGCUGGUGUGCCUGACCGUGCUGCCCUCGACGGGCGCGUCGCUCCUGGGGAGCCUGCUGCAGACGGGGACGACGAUGAUCUACGACCUCAAAGGCGAGCAGCUGACGUUCGUGAUGAUGGAGGAGAAGGAGGAGGAGGAGGGUUCCUACUCGCCGCCGCAGCCGUCUUCGAUCUCGGAGGCGCCAGCGGCUUCGCUGGCUAUGGAAGUGGCAGUGGCAGUGGCAGUCGCAGUUGCCGUGGGGCUGCUGUAGCUCCAUCUAUCUAGCCUGGCAUGCAUGCAUCCGAUCCAAUAAUGCAUGCAUGCAUGCACGCAUAAUAACCAGUCAGUCGUCGGCGGUCAUGCAUGCGUCAUGCAUACGUAUAUAUGUUUGGUAUUUUGUAAUCAAAAUACAUAUGCACUACUCCUACGGCCGUAUGUAUGUCGCUGCAUGUAUUGUAUUGCUGUGUCGUAUCCCUGAACAAACUCCAUACAUGAUCGUGAA